CCUGACGGCCGGCCCGGCCCGGGCGUGGGGGCUUGUGGGAGGUUGCGCGGCCGGGCCCAGCUGCGGGGCGGAGGUGAAGGCGAGGCCUGCGGCUGCGGGGAGCGGCGGGGCCGGGAGCGGGCGCCGGAGCUGAGUCGAGCCGGAGCAGGCGCCGGAGGCCGGCGCGGCGAGCAGCAACCAUGUCGGUCUUGGGGAAGCUGUUCGGGGCUGGAGGGGGUAGGGGGAGCAAGGGCGGCCCGUCCCCCCAGGAGGCCAUCCAGCGGCUUCGGGACACGGAGGAGAUGCUUAGCAAGAAACAGGAGUUCCUAGAGAAGAAGAUCGAACAGGAGCUGACGGCUGCCAAGAAGCACGGCACCAAAAACAAGCGCGCGGCCCUGCAGGCUCUGAAGCGCAAGAAGAGGUAUGAGAAGCAGCUGACACAGAUCGAUGGCACCCUGUCCACCAUCGAGUUCCAGCGGGAGGCCCUGGAGAAUGCCAACACCAACACAGAGGUGCUCAAGAACAUGAGCUUUGCUGCCAAGGCCAUGAAGACUGCCCACAACAACAUGGACAUUGAUGAGGUGGACGAGUUGAUGCAGGACAUUGCUGACCAGCAGGAACUUGCAGAGGAGAUUUCCACAGCUAUUUCCAAACCUGUAGGCUUUGGGGAGGAGUUUGACGAGGACGAACUCUUGAAGGAGUUGGAGAAACUUGAACAGGAGGAGCUAGACAAGAAUUUGCUGGAGAUCAGUGGUCCCGAAACAGUCCCGCUACCAAAUGUCCCCUCUGUGGCCCUACCAUCCAAACCCGUCAAGAAGAAGGAGGAGGAAGACGACGACAUGAAGGAAUUGGAGAACUGGGCCGGAUCCAUGUAACUGGUCCAGCAUAGGCUGGGCCCAGACAGACUCUGGUGGCCUGUGCGAAGGGCAGGCAGGACGCGGUGCAGGCAACCUCCAUCGCUCGAUCUCACCCAAAGCAGUAGGCCGCAUCACUGCUCACUCUCGCAUAGCAUGGUCUGUGCCCAGGGGCGGGCGG